UGUGUGUGCGCGUGCGCGCGCGCGCGGUGUUAGCUACAUUGCUAGUAGCCACGCUGCGACCUCUGUGCAGCCCACAGCAUCUGUCUCCUCGAGCUGUAACUGUGCACCUCCUCGGCCGUCUCCGAAACAUGGCGGCGCUCACAGCUUUGCGCGGAGCGGAGAAUUUAUUCUUCAGAAAAGUCCUUCUGGGUCCGUGCACAACCCAAUUAAAUGUCGCUAAUCUCCAGUGGAGCAAGCAGACCAGCGGCUGCCACUUUUCUACCUCGAGCCAAAGAAGCGCCCUCUUCUACUCGGAUCCCACAGAAGCAGUCAAAGAUAUCCCCAGUGGAGCUACCAUUCUCGUGGGAGGCUUUGGAUUAUGUGGAAUCCCAGAGAACCUCAUCAACAGUUUACUAAAGACGGGCGUUGACGGUCUCACAGCCGUCAGCAACAAUGCAGGGGUGGAUAACUUUGGCCUGGGUCUGCUGCUGAAGACCAAGCAGAUCAAGAGGAUGAUCUCCUCAUACGUCGGGGAGAAUGCAGAGUUUGAGCGACAGUAUCUGACCGGGGAGUUGGAGGUGGAACUGACUCCACAGGGAACUCUCGCAGAGAGGAUCCGGGCCGGGGGUGCCGGGGUUCCAGCCUUCUUCACAGCCACUGGCUACGGCACACUGAUCCAAGAGGGAGGCUCUCCUAUUAAGUACAACAAAGACGGCAGCAUUUGCAUCGCCAGUGAGAAGAGAGAGGUGCGGGAGUUCAACGGCAGGCACUACAUCAUGGAAAAGGCCAUCACUGGAGACUUCGCCCUGAUCAAGGCGUGGAAAGCUGACAGGGCCGGAAACAUAAUUUUCAGGAAAACGGCAAGGAAUUUCAAUCAACCCAUGUGCAAGGCAGCCACAACCACAAUAGUUGAGGUGGAGGAGGUGGUGGAUGUUGGGACCUUUGCUGAAGAGGACAUCCACAUACCUAGCAUCUACGUCCAGAGGGUCGUCCGGGGAGCCAGCUACGAAAAAAGGAUCGAGAAACGCACAGUAAAGAGAAGCCAAGAAGAGAAGCCCAAACCAAAGAAGGACUCCGACAUCGUUCGGGAAAGGAUCAUUCGCCGGGCUGCUCUGGAGUUUGAGGAUGGGAUGUAUGCCAACCUUGGUAUUGGUAUCCCCAUGCUGGCCAGCAACUUUAUAAAACCAGACAUCACUGUAAACCUCCAAAGUGAAAAUGGAAUUUUGGGACUGGGGCCGUACCCCACUGAGGAUGCAGUGGAUGCAGACCUAAUUAACGCCGGGAAGGAGACUGUCACUGUGCUUCCAGGUGCUGCCUAUUUCUCAAGUGAUGAAUCCUUUGCCAUGAUCCGAGGCGGCCACAUCAACCUGACAAUGCUGGGAGCCAUGCAGGUGUCCAAACACGGAGACCUAGCCAACUGGAUGAUCCCCGGUAAAAUGGUGAAGGGGAUGGGAGGAGCAAUGGAUUUGGUGGCAAGCGCUGGGACCAAGGUGGUGGUCACAAUGGAGCACUCAGCCAAGGGCGGAAAACACAAGAUAUUGGACAAAUGCAGCCUGCCUUUAACUGGGAAGCAAUGUGUGGAUCGAAUCAUCACAGAAAAGGCCGUGUUUGAUGUAGAUGGGACAAAAGGCCUGACCCUGAUAGAAGUAUGGGAGGGGCUCACUCCUGAGGAUAUCAAAGCGUGCACUGGAACCGAUUUUGAAGUAUCCCCCAACCUGAGGUCCAUGCAGCAAAUCUAAAAGGAGCUUGCAGUGGAUCUUUGUUUUCCGCUUGUGUGGCACCUGUUUUUUUUUCUUCCCUCGUGGUCAACAGCCAGUGAUAAAGGAGGAUGAGAUGGGUCACAAGGGACUGUUAAAUUGAGCAGUCUGGUUCAGUUCCCUGGUAAUCAACAUGCACACAUCACAAGGGUUUAGUUGACUUGAAUCACAGGAACCGGCAUGCAUGCUUCUUUUUAAGGAGGUGGUCAGACAUAGGGGGGGAGGGCAGAACAUUCUUUGCUAUUCAUUUAAUCAUUUUUUUCAGUUACAUUUUUUGUGAGAAAAAUGCAACUUUGUACUAUGAACAAGUGACGCAAUACUUAAGGUUUAUUAGAAGUUAGAAAACAAAGGUGCUUUAAUUGAGGUGAUUCUUCAGCGUGGGAGGGAAUAUGUUUUGUAGUUGGUGUAAAUGUGCUACACCAACAAACAUGUCCUUGUACAAUACAUCUAAUGUGAUUUAUGUUUUCAGUUUUUCUCCAUUUGAAAAAAUUAGAAAUGUAAUAAGGAUCCGACAGAAAAAUGUUUAACAAUAAUCAGUGCCACACUGUAAAACUUUUUGUCUUUCUUUUUUGUCUGAUAUUUGUUACACAAGCAUUUGCUCUCGCCUGGUCUUUGUAUAUAAAGUCAGAUACAACCUUGUUGAGUGAA